UCCCGCCAUAGUAAUUUUUGGAACCUGUACAAUGGUAGUUGAAUGUGAAUUGUGAAUUUCGUGCUCGACAGUGCUUGCAUGGAAAUUUUAUACACUUCAUAAAUUUUUGAGUCGAAUUAGAUUUUUAGUUGAUUUGGUUUGUUCGAGGGGACUUAUAAUGGCACAGAAAACUUUGUUCAGUUUCUUUUCAAAAUCACCUUCUGUCAACAAAAGUUCUAACCCUAAAGAAGGCGAUGGCUCUCCAGGUAUUCGGAAAAGGGAAAGGAGUCCAGGAAAAUCGGACGAAGAUAGGAAAACGCCAAAGAAAAUUAACAAUGGGCCGCGAGUGAACGACGUGGUGUGGGCCAGGCUGGACGGCCACCCCUGGUGGCCGGGCCUCGUCACCAACGACCCCAAGGGCGGCCCCUUCGUGCGGGCGGGCGAGGUGCACGUGCAGUUCUUCGACCGGCCGCCCUCCAGGGCCUGGGUCCGCAGGCGGGCGGUGGAGGCGUUCCGGAGCGGCGACGACAAGCCGUGCCCCAAGAAGGACGCGGAGAAGUGGCGGGCGUCGUGCCGCGAGGCGGUCUCCGCGCUGCGACUGCCGCUCGCAGACAGGAACGAGCUGGUGGUCGACUUCGCUCGCAUCGAGCGGGAGGAGCCAGCCGGCACGGCCGUCUCGGCGGACGAAGGCGAGGGAGACGUCGACAAGGAGAACGUGAGCGCCGACCCAGAGACGCCCGUCUCCAAGAAGCGCAAGGUUCUCGCCUACGACAGCGAGGACUCCGGGGACGAGUACAAACCGAAAAAAGAAGAAAUGGAGGUGGAUUCGGAUUCGGCGAGUUCCGGGGUGCCGUCAGAAACCUUGUCCGAUCCGGAAAUGUCCGAUGUUGAAGAAUCUCCAGUUAAGGAGAAGAGGUCGAAGGCCAGCGCCGGGUGCGCGCCCGCGCGGAAGAGCGCGGGCGGGGCGGGCGGCAUCUCUCCCUCGGCCGCGCGCGUCAGCCAGGGCACCAAGGCCAAGCUGGCCCUCUUCCCCUCGACCGAGGCGCAGGGAGGCGGGCAGGCGUCGGAGACGAGGGGGCAGGCCCCCGGCGAGGACAGCUGGGCGCACCUCAAGCUGGACUUCCUGAAGCCGGACAGGAUCCGGGACGCCAGGCGACGCCCGCCCUCCCACCCGGAGUACGACCCCAAGACUCUGUACGUGCCGGAGGACUUCAUGCGCAACCAGACCCCGGCCAUUCGGCAGUGGUGGGAGAUGAAGUCCAAGCACUUCGACUGCGUCCUGUUCUUCAAAGUUGGCAAGUUCUACGAACUGUACCACAUGGACGCAGUUACAGGCGUUAAUGAGUUGGGCCUGAUGUUUAUGAAGGGAGACAAGGCGCACUCGGGGUUCCCGGAGGUGGCGUACGGCCGGUUCUCGUCCAGCCUCAUCGAGAAGGGCUACAAGGUGGCGCGCGUCGAGCAGACGGAGACGCCCGACAUGGUGGCCGAGCGCUGCAGGAGCGCUUCGAAGACCACCAAGUUCGACAAGGUGGUGAAGCGAGAGAUCUGCCAGAUAGGCUCACGGGGCACCAAGGUCUACAACGUGAUCGACGGAGAGUCGAAGCAGCCGGAGUCCAGCUACCUGCUGGCGCUCACCGAGAAGGCUGGUGCGGACAAGUCCACUUUCGGCGUGUGCUUCGUGGACACGUCCAUAGGCCUGUUCCACCUGGGCCAGUUCGACGACGAUCGCCACUGCUCGCGGCUUCGCACGCUGCUGGCCCACCAGCCGCCCGUGCAGGUGCUGUACGAGCGCGGCGCGCUGUCGGAGAGGACCCAGCGGCUGCUGCGCACGGCGCUGGCCAGCGUGCUGAAGGAGGCGCUCGCCCCGGAGUCGGAGUUCUGGACGGCCGGCAGGACGCUCGUCACGCUGGCGGAGGGCGGGUACUUCGCGUCGGGCGGCGUCCACAGCUGGCCCGAGGGCCUCAAGGAGUUCCUCAGCGAGAGCAGCUCGCUGGGGCUGUCGGCGCGGGACGACGCGGAGCUGGCGGUGAGGGCGCUGGGGGCGGUCACCUGGUGCCUGACGCGCGGCCACCUGGACCAGCAGGUGCUGGCCAUGGGUCGCUUCCGGCGCUACACGCCCGCCGACCAGGAGCCGCCGGCUGCGCCCGACGCUGCCGCCUUCCCCCGCCACAUGAUCCUGGACGGCGUGACGCUCCACAACCUGAACGUGCUGGAGAACCGCGACGGAGGCAGGGACGGCACGCUGCUCGGGAGGAUGGACCUGUGCUGCACGCCCUUCGGCAAGAGGCUGCUGCACCGGUGGGUGUGCAGCCCGCUGUGCUCCGUGGACAGCAUCCGUGCGCGCCAGGCGGCCGUGGGCCAGCUGCUGGACCGGCCGGCCGUGCUGCAGGAGGCGCGGGGCCUGGUGUCCCAGCUGCCUGACCUGGAGCGCCUGCUCACCAGGAUUCACGGCCAGGGCAACGCUGAGAGAUCCAAGACUCAUCCGGACAGCCGAGCCAUCUUCUUCGAAGACAACCUUUACUCCAAGAAGAAGAUACAAGACUUCAACGCAGUCCUGUCGGGUUUCAAGUGCGCGGAGAGGGUAGCGGAAAUGUUCCAAGACCGGGAGCUGGACGUCACGGCUGAACUGCUGGUGCAGUGCACGCGCUCCGCCCCGGAGGGCAGCUUUCCCGACAUGACAGAGUCCCUGCACUUCUUCGAGACUGCGUUUGACCAGGAGGAAGCCACGAAGCACGGCCGCAUAAUCCCGAGAGCUGGCGUCGACCCGGAGUACGACUCCGUGACGCAGGAGCUGCAGGAGAUACAGUCCGAGCUCGACAGAUACCUGCAGGAGCAACGCAGCUUCUUCGGGUGCAAGGUGGUGUACCACGGCACGGACAAGAAGAGGUUCCAGCUGGAGGUGACGGACACGGCGGCCAAGAAGGCCGGCCGCGGCUACGAGCUGCAGUCCCAGAGGAAAGGCUUCAAGAGGUUCACCACGGAGAGAACCAAGGACCUUCUGGCUCGACAGAUUUCUGCUGAAGACCAGAAGAAGGCAGUGCUGAAAGAUCUCAGUCGCAGAAUUUUCUCUCAGUUUAGUGCAAAGUACGCGGAGUGGAGCGCCGCGAUACAGUGCCUGUCCGUGCUUGACGUGCUCAUGGCCUUCGCGGAGUACUGCCUCACGGAGCCCGACACGUGCGUGCCAGAGUUCGUGCAGCCAUCUGCAGACGUGCAGCCGCACGUGAAGGUCGUGGAGGGGAAGCACCCGUGCCUCUGCUCCUCGGACGGCUUCAUCCCCAACGACACGGCGCUGGGCUGCGACGGCGCGGCCUCCGUGGUGCUGGUGACGGGCCCCAACAUGGGCGGCAAGUCCACGCUCAUGCGGCAGCUGGGCCUGCUGGUCGUCAUGGCGCACAUGGGCUGCAGGGUGCCGGCGGCCGGCAUGCGGCUGACCCCGGUGGACCGGGUGUUCACGCGCCUGGGGGCCAACGACGACCUGAUGGCCGGGGAGAGCACCUUCCUGGUGGAGCUGAGCGAGACCUCGUGCAUCCUGCGCUGCGCCUCGCCGCACUCCCUGGUGCUGGUGGACGAGCUGGGGCGCGGCACGUCGACCUACGACGGCACGGCCAUCGCGGCGGCCGUGGUGGACCGGCUGGUGAGGCGGAGCUGCCGCACCUUGUUCUCCACGCACUACCACGGCCUGGUGGAGGACUACAAGGGCAAUCCGCUCGUCACCCUGGGCCACAUGGCGUGCAUGGUGGAGAACGAGAGCGAGGACCCGUCGGAGGAGACGGUGACGUUCCUGUACAAGUUCGCGGGCGGGGCGUGCCCCAAGUCGUACGGCUUCAACGCGGCGCGGCUGGCGGGCGUGCCGGCAGGCGUGGUGAGGCGUGGGCGCGAGAAGGCCGAGCGCUUGGAGCGGCACGGCCUGGAACGACGCCUGUUCCAGGAUCUGUGCCGGCCGGCGGCGUCCGCGCCCGAACUCUGCGCCGCCCUGCGCCGGCUGUGCUCCCUGGCGUGAGCAGAGUGCUGCCUGUUCCAGCGUCUUGUUUUCAACCCUUUGUUUCGCAGUGGUAUGUCUAUGAUACCAAUUUGAAAAAAAUGUUACUAUUCGCAAUGUUUCAGAGGUAUUGUCGAAAUACCUUGAUUGAUUGACCCUUGUGCUGCUAUCUGGCGAUCCUGACAAGAACAAGCAACAUUGGCUGCUUUAAUUUUUCCUUCUGCCACGUCUGCUAAAAGUUACACGAUAGAUUCUAAUUUAUUUAAUAUAUUUCUGUGUGCCUCAAAGAGUUUUAAACUGUAUAACUAGAGACAUGCAAAAUUCGCGGUUUCGAUGGCCUUCAGGAUAGACUGACUGCACACACCCCUGUACACUCGGGCAAAUAACGCAAGUUCGUUGGCUGCAGACUUGUAAGUACGUCUCAGCUGGUUCAUCUGUGAUUCGAUCCUUCUUUGGUUGAGGGUUCAUAACUGGUUGAGAUUCAUCCAGAUGAAACAGUAAGCCGAUAGCAAAAUUAUCCAAGAGGUAUGCGUGUUUUGAAUUCUAGCCUAUCGCCAAAUGAAUCCGCGAAUUUUACAGGUCUCUAUGUGUAACUUGAAGAGUGGAAAUUUAGUGUUUUCAGAAUAAUUGUUUGGUAUGACACUUCCAGCAGAGAUUCCCAAAAGUACUAACAGGACUUGCAGUAUCUUAACACGAUCUACUGGUUACUACUGAACUCUCAUAGUCAUGAGUCUUGCACCACGCUAGAAGCACCAGCGAGCAUUAGUGACCCCUUGCUAGGCAAACUGCCUUAUGGACUCGAAGUCUGAAAGUUGGCAUGGUGUCUGUAACAUCGGAGCAGGAAAAACCUCAAUAGUCUGGAAAUUUUUAAAUUCCUGACAAAUUCAGGGAGCAAUCUGAAAAAAAUAUAUAUAUUGCAUCAGGGAACGUAAAUUAAAUGGAUAGACAAAGUCACGUCCUAUUAUCGCUAGCCCAUUUUUCAGUCUUUGUUGCUGUGUCAAGUAUUUCAGUGUUUUUUUGCCAUGUGAGGCUCAAUCUCACUUUUCACAAACUUUCGAGGGUUUUCGUUUGCAAAUAUUUGUUUUUCCAUUACAUUAAAUAAACUUUUGUUGUUAAAAAGUAACGCAAAAAUUAGACAAAUUUACAUUACUAUAGAAAUGUUAUGUUUAGAUCAGAGAAAAAUUAUAAGCAUUGUAAUAAGUCAGGUAAUUCUGUUUGGUGGGUUUUUCUACACUGAAGUAGAGCACAUUUUUUGAACCAAUCUGCUCACGGUGCAUCAUCAGACAUUUUCAUCUACAGUUGGCAUCCUUGUCAGUAUUAUGGGAGUAUUCUGUAUCAUUAAUGUGUGUUAUACAUGUUCAUCUGUUUAUUACAAAACAAAAAUUUUCUCAUUGUAUAUACAUAUUUCAAAUAUAAUUAUUUCAGACACAUAUGUUCAUGAACUUACUGCACUGAAAUAUUGUGAGUUUUAGCCAGUAUAAUCAACAUUUUACAUAUCCUGAUUUUCGACUUUCCUGCAUUUUGUACGUUUCAGGGGCUCAAUUAUUUUUUUGCUUGUUUUAGAAAAAAUGUGCAAAUAAGUUUUGAUUUUGUUAGUUGUUUGAAAGUCUGGAACUGUACGAACAUGAAUUUUUGUGAAUUGAGGGAAAUUUGUGUGUGACAAGACUGGUGAUUGAUUUUUUUUUUUUUAUGUACCAUAGUGGUGAUGAUCAAUGCUUAAUACUAUGUUCAGUUUUCAUUCAAAUUCACCAACUUUUUUGUACAGCCCUUAAAAAAAUAUAUAUAAAUACUUCAUCCAACAUAACAUAAUAUAAUGUGAGUACAUUAAACAUAAUAAUUAAUUUUAGUAGUGUCAUAGGUUCCUUUUAUUGAAGAAAACAAACGUGUGAACUUUUCUUUUUGGUUCAAGAUUAUAAGUCCAAAUGUACUGACCAACAGUUCAGUCUCUACAGUAGCUGGCAUAGACAAGGAAAAAAAUAUUUUCUUUAACUAUAACAUACCUAUUGGAGGUUUAGAUUGAUACUCGGUGCUAUCAAUUCAACAGAGUAUCAGUGAGUAUUUAGGAAUAAAAGAAAUGAAAGUCUCACAGUAUUAACUGACAACAGAUAGCGAUUGUAAGGAAAAAAUUUUUUUUCUUCUUCCAAUUCUGUGGAACUGACUUGUCUUGCUCUUGUUAUGUUGUGGAGAAAAUGUGGGUGUGUUGGUUAGAAUGAGUAACAGCCGACAGCAGUCAACUGUUUGAACACUCGUCUUUUAUGACUGACUGACUUUCUAAUCCCAGGUUGUCUGUUAUUGACUGUCAGUAUUGCUUCUUUCACCCCCUUCCAGUGCAUCUCUUCAACAUCUAUGUUAGGGGAUAGAAACAUUAAAGCAUAGCUUGAAAGCACGAGGUGUCUAAACUAGUGAUGUGCGAGUCUCGGCAUCAUCGAGAACGAGUCGAGACAGAAAUUUUCUCGAUCUCGUCUCGAGAUAAUUUUUUUGGCUCGGAAUUUUCGAGAAUUUUGUAAACAAGAAAUAGGUUAGGUAAUAUAAUAUAUUGAGGCAGCAUUUUGCGUUGCGUGUUGAAAUAAUUAACAUAUCUUUAACGUAAUGUAGAUCGAAUAAAAUAAAAUAUACUUGUUACGAUAGUAUACACAAUAAAUUAUUAAAAAGUUAAAAACGAACAAGUUCCGUUCACAAGUCACUACAUGAAAUGGUAAACGUAAACAAUGAAUUGUGCUGUGGUUAUCACAUUAAAUUACAGAAGAAAAUGAUUAUUUUCCGUUAAUAAAACCAACAUUAAAGUUAAAAAUAAAUCAUUUUCGGUAUCAAUAUCAAGUAUCAACGUAAAACGGUACGGUAAAAAAUAAAAAUUUAAACAUGACUGCAGAAUUCUUCCGCGAUUGCAUUUUGUUUUAUGGCCUUAAGUUAUACACACGGCCAGCAGUAUAUAACAAGCAACAUGAUGUUUAAAUUGUGGUCCGUAUCGAUAGUGACAUAUCGAUAGUGGUGAAUGUUCAGAAUUUCAUGAUCAAGUACCGUCCAUGGCUCAAGGAAACUGUAUAGACUAUGGAGUCAAUAACGUAUGUUUACAUACGACAGUAGGCAAAUAAACUGUUAAGUGAGUGUAAAGGUAAAGUUGUAAUUGCAAUUGCAAUUGUGGAUACUUGAUAAAAUUAUUGAAUAAUUAUGUAUGUUUGUCAGAUUAUUGAGUUUUACUUUUUUGGCUCAUAUUAUCCUGUUAACUAAAGUACAGAUUUCUCGAUCUCGACUCGAUUCUCGAGAAUUUUUAAAUUGCUUUCUCAAUCUCGUCUCGAAUUCGAAAAAGUCUUUCUCGCACAUGCCUAGUCUAAACUGAAGAGUAUCCUAUAUCCUGGACGAACGUGUGAUUUUGAGAAUGCUGCUUGGGUUACAUUCAUACUAUGGUUACCAAAAUCAAUUUAAUAUCUUCAUACCCUAGUUUAUUUAAGGUACAAGAUAAAAAAGAUGCAUGUGUGUGAAAAUUUUUUUUGCAUAAGCCAGUUUGCCCAAAACUGAUUAUUUAAUUGAGAUUAUGUGAGAAACUUAUCAGGAACUUUCAUUGUGGGGCAGUAAAAAAAUUAGGUAAUUGAAUUCGGUCAUAGCCAAUUGUUACCAUCAUGUAUAGGCCUGAGCAAAUAUACAUAUUUCAAAUAUAAAAAAAUUAACAAAAAAGGUCUCUACUAAUUUUAGAGCCGUUUACUAUUUAUAAAUGGCGGGGGAGAGAGAGUGCGUGUGUUUUUUCUCAUGAAGUUGUCGCUAAUUCCCUCCACGUCCUUUCUCUUGACCAGGCUCCUACGUCUAUUGUCUAUCCCCGCAUUCUUUAUACAGUACUUACUUUUUAUAUGCUUGACUUCUGACUCACUGCUUAUCUUCUGCUGCGACAAACUUUUUUUUUUACUUUUUAUUCAUUUUGGCUACUUUGUUUAUAAAGAACAUGUGUAUUAGUGCAGUGCGAUGCUUCGACUGAGCGAAUGCAGAUUAUAACUAAUGAAAAGUCUUUUUUGUUUGUAUGAGCAGCCACAUUAUUAGGAGGAAACCUAUUUACUUUACACAAAUAUUUUUAACAUAUGAUUUCAUGUUUGCUUUGCAUCAAAAAACUGGUAUCGGCACAGGCCAACCAUGUAUAUCUAUCAUACUGUCGUGACUGGCACCAGGAUAUCUCUUGUACAUACAGCUAAACGAGAAAGAAGCCAGUAUUUGGAUGACUAAAUUUAUCAAUGACAGAACUUUAUGCUCCUUGAGUAUUAAAUGUAGUAUGAUAAAAAUAUUUUCAAAAUGUCAAACUAUAAGUUAAUUCUAAAAAAAAAAAAAAAAAAAAAAGUUCUAGCUAUUGUGAAUCCUACAUAGGUAAAUGCUUUUGUAAUUUGGUAUCAGAUAAAACAUUUUUCUUGCAUUUUGGAGAUUGGAAUCUAGCUGGAAAAAGUUAUUGUGGCUUAUUAAUACAGAAUUUACUUUGGAAACACAUUCUAAUUCUACUGAAGCUGUAGAGGAUUGAAAAUCUCAGAAACAGCAGAGGAGACAUUUGAGUGGCAUUUUUAAAGUAUGACUGACCUGUGUGAGUGUAGCCUAUGAAGUCUUUACAGCUGCUAGUUAUGGUCAUGUGUGAUUUAAAAUGAAAAAUAUUUAAAUGAGAAUUUUCAUCGCAGUAAAAUCCUCUUAAGAAAAUUUCCUGCAUAGUAAAUUAAAAAAUUUAGCACUGAGCCUAUAAAUGCAUACAAUUAUACCCUUUUAACAACAAUUUUGCUGUUUACUUAUGACUCCACAGAAUGUAUAUGUAUGUUUAUUAAGUAAUCUUGUAUAUUAUUAUUUGAAUUUAAGUUAUGGCUAACAAGUUCAUUUUCUUUUGUUACUUUAGGUAACAACAAAUGUUAUUGUUCAGUUCUCAUUCAAAUUUCAAUAAAUAUUUUGUAAAUCCCUUAAUAAGUUUAUAGAACUCAGUAUGACAUCCAGCAAUAGGACCAUUGAUUGUAAACGGACAUUAAUGUUGACAGAAAAUAGGUGCCUCGUUUUCAUCUGCCAGUGAAAGUUUACUGAAGAAUCUUAGUAUCUUUAUUGUUCGUUAAGUUUAAGUCAAUUAUUCAACAUGGGGCCGAACUUAAAUAUUGUGGAGAUUGGUUUGCUUAUGUUCAGAGUUCUCCUCGGGACUAGAAAGGCAUCGUCUCAAUUAAACCCUUGCAUUGUAGCCGAUUCGCUGAAUGUAUUGGUCAUAUGUCUAUUUUUAGUGCUGGCAUUUUUUUACAGUGUAGAAAAAUUAAAUUUAUUAUUUCAAUUUUCUAGCUCCUGCACAUGGAUUUAUUUUAUUUCUUCCUGAGACAAUGAGUGCAAAAUGUUUUAGUUAGUUACUGUUUACAUUGUGUAGUUUUAAGGUACGUAAUAGAAAGGUAUGUUGGCCUGUUUUUCAGGUUGACCGGUUGUCAAACAUCUGCCUCGGCACCGUAUUAUAGCAUGGGUGCAUGCCUUCUGACAUGAUUUUGUUGUAUUUUGUUAUUGUUUAGAAUUUAGUUCAAAUUUGCAAGUGUGUGUGAUGAGCAACUUCAUUCAAAGUACAAUCAAGAUUUCACUCGAUUUUGAGCUCUAUGUGUAGUGUAGUACUGUAUUCUCAUAGCAUGUUCAGAAUACAAGGAACUGACUGUAGACUACCUAUGUGUGUGUACUUUUUUUUCUGUUGACUGCAGUUACCUGAUUUUUAUUCAAUAAAAUGUUGAGUUUAAAAUGUA